AUGACAACCAUCUCGAAAGAAACACUAACAGAGCUCGGAACAGAAGAAGAAACUCUAGAAGACUAUGAUCCUUACAAGCAUCGAACAAUCACCAAGCCCAACUCCACGUUCGGUACAUUCAUACACGUUAUGAAGGGUGCAAUGGGUGUUGGAAUUCUUUCGAUGCCAUUUGCUAUUCGAAAUGGAGGACUGAUAUUUGGAGUUAUCGGCACGUUUCUUCUGGGAAUGCUCUACUCGCACUGUGUGCAUUUGUUGGUUGACACCGCAUAUAAGAUUUGUAAACGAGAUCGAGUACCGAUGCUGAGCUUUGCACAAACUGUUGAUAGAGCAUGCGCUUUAGGAUCACCCAAAUUGCGUCCGAUGGGUAAAAUAUUAAAGAACAUAGUGGACUAUUUCCUGAUGAUACCCAAAACAUCCAUGAUCUAUAUGGUGUUCAUCGGCUCUACCAUACAUGACGUUAUCAAUGCCCGCACAGAUCUAGAUUGGGACGUUCGAAUCUACAUUGUGUUGGCCGCCAUACCAGCGAUAGGAAUAACCCAGGUCAGGGAAAUUAAAUACCUCGUGCCAUUCUCGGCAAUUGCAACGACUUUGAUCUUUGCAAACGUUGUUAUUUCCUUGUACUAUAUCUUCAAAGAACCACUGUCGUUCGAUGAUCGGGAUCUAUUUCCUACAAUCGAUUCAUUAACAUCAUUUCUCGGCGCUGCGUAUUUCGCAUUCGAUGCAACAUCGCUUAUUUUUCCGGUCUCCAAUCAGAUGAAACAUCCCCAAUACUACCUCGGAUGUCCGGGAAUUGUGAACGUCAACAACUUAUGCUUAGCUAUUCUGUACUGCUUUAUCGGUGUGGUUGGCUACCUUCGUUAUGGCGACAAAAUUCAGGGAUCAAUCACUCUGAACUUUCCUCAAGAAGAAAAUCUAGCGAUGGUUAUACAAAUUCUUUCAGCAGUUGCAAUCCUAUUCUCGAUAGGUAUCUUUUUCUACGUUCCCAUGGAAACGAUUUGGCGAAGAAUUCAUAAACGGGUACCACAAAAAUGGCACAUUGCCACUCAGACGCUGAUACGAUUGCUGUUCCUUGUGGGUAUCGUUGGAAUUGCCUGCGGUGUUCCGGAUAUUGGUAUUUUUAUUGGGAUUAUGGGGGCCGUUUUCAACCCCAUCCUAGCCCUUUGGCUUCCGAUUAUUGUAGAUACAAUUUACCGUUGGCCGAGCGACUUUGGAUGGAUGAAAUGGCGGUUGGUUAAAAACGGUCUUAUGGCCGUGUUUGGAAUGUUUCUUUUAAUUACGGGUACUAUUUCUAGUGUGGAAGAUAUAAUCGAUUUCUACAAAUAG